CAGUAGGGUACUAUAGGUACUACACGUUAACAGUAAAGUUAAAGUAUAGUGAGUAUACUCGUCCCAACCAAAGAGUCUUUGUCGAUUUAAAUAAAUACUUCAUCGGAAUACUUGAGAAUCGAAUUAAAAUUUAUGGUGGAAGUGUAGGAAUGGAAGGUUAGCUCGGGAAAUGAAAAAACGUCUCAAUCUUGUAUCAGGACAAUCAUAUUGAUUUGUAUUAUCCUGCAUUUACUGUAUUUAAUUUAUAAUUCAUAUUACUGAUAUGUUCAUCAUCCGAAACUAAUACGGAUUCUUUUUAUCAUCGGAGCAAUGCAGAUUUAGAGCUGGUUUUCUUAAUUUAUUGUUUGCAAGAUAUUGAAAUAACAAUAAAUCGACAAAUAAAAAAAAAGUCAUGGCAUCAAAUGUUAUAAAUAAUGACGUAAAAGUAUUUUAUAAUGCCAUUGCAGAAAAGCAAAUUGAUAUUAUUAAACAAUGUUUAGAGGAUAAUAUUUUAAUGUUUAUUAAAAAUAAGUGUAUUAAACCUCCACUUCAUCAUGCAGUUUUAAGUGGCUGUAGAGAAAUAGUUGUAUUGCUUUUGAAUGAAAUUGAUGAUAUUGAUUGUGUUGAUUCGUAUGGUAAGACAGCGUUACAUUUGGCCGUUCAAAAUGGGUAUGCAGAUAUUGUUCAAAAAUUAUUAAAUGAAGGUGCUAAUGUCAAUAUUACAUGUAAAAGAAAAAAAUCUGCACUUAGUUAUGCAUUAGAUGAAAUUGGUUCAUUGCGCUCUCAACUUUUAAAAAAAAAAUAUUUGGGUGAAAAUGAUGAAGAUGACAACAAGACUAAAAUUGCUAUUCGUAAAAAUAAUUUAUUUCAAAAAAAACAUUAUAGUUUAUAUCAGUUUGUUCAAAUCGCGGAGUAUCUUGAGGAAUGUAUAAUUAAAUUCCAAACUAUGAAUUUAUAUAUAAGUGAACAAAAUUUACAAUUGAUUGAAGAUUAUAGAAGUAUUGAGUAUGAAGAGGAUGAGUAUUCUGAUAUGGAGUUAGACGUAGACUUUGUACCCAGAAAUUUUUAUAAACAGUGUGAAAAUGAAUUUAUUAUUAUAAAAAAUUAUAAAUUCGGAGUUGAUAAUAUUUCGUUUUAUGAUAUUUUGAUAAGCGAUACAUUUAAUGAUAAUCAAUUAUCAAAUUAUGCAAAAAAUUUAUUUCAGAUUGAUUAUAAAGUUAAAUUCAGAUUAUAUGCCGGAAUAAUAAAGAAUCGUCUAAAAAGAGGAAUAGAAAGAAAUAAAUUAUUGCUCCAAGUCAACCAAAAUGGAAAAAAUGAUUAUUCAUUUUUUAGAAACCUUCAGUUAAAUUUUUAUUGUAUUUAUGAAAUAUUCAAAUAUCUUAAUAACGAAGACUUGAAAAAUUUAAUAGAAGUAAUUCGAACGCCAAGUAUUUUUAAUGAUUGUAAAUCUAGUUUGUUGAAAGAAAAUGAUCCAAUUAUUCAAAUAAUUAAACAAAAAAAUGAAAAUUCAGAAAAAAUAAAACGAACAAGGAUAUCAAUUACCCUCUAGAUUAUAAAUUAAUUAAGUUGAAUUAAUAUUUAUAUUUAAUAAAAUUUUAGUAGUAAAAAGUUAAUUAAUAGUUUUGGAUUUAAACAAAUCAAGAUUGUUAAUGUAAUUGUAUUUUUUUAAUUAUAUAUAAACUUUAUAUUACUUUUAAAAAUAGCCUAAUUUUAUUUGAAUAAAUAAUUAAUCAUUUGAUUUACAACUGAAACAAUAAGUGAUAUGUUUUAUUUAGAAUAAACUUUAUUAGAAAAAUUAUGAAAUCGAAUUCAAAAUCUAUGCCAUACUGUCAAAAAUUUGAUGGAAAAACCACAUCUAAUUCCCGUAAACAAAGUGCAGCAGUAUGUAUAAUACAUGAUUCAAUCUUAUUUGACCCAGAUUUCUUACCUCGUAUCUUUUCAUGUUAGAAAAUGAAGAAAACGUCGCGUCCCAAUUGAGUCAAGUAAUUGAUAAUGUACUGAUAUUGAUUGUAAUAUUAAAAAAAUAACACCCUUUUAGUAAAUCUUAAAAAUUUAAUCAGUUUUUUUUUUAUAACUCACCGUCGUUUAAAUAUUUUAGAAAAACAAGGGUACGAGAAAAUUCGACGAUAGUAAUACAAAACAUGAGCGUAUGUUGAGUUUUGUAAGUAUUUCGAGAUUAUACAAUUGUUUGAAAAUUAUAAGAAUGUCCUGGUAUGAGGAUAUGUUGACCCACUCAUGUCGGAACCGGAAUAAUAUCCUGAAACAGAAAACUUAACCAAGUGCUUAGAUGAAGAUCUGUCAUAUGAGCUGUAGCACGCAAAAAUAUUAAUAAAUAAUAAAAAUACAAAUAAAAAAAUCUGAAAACCGCCUGACCCUUCGGGCCAGCCCCAAAACUUCCCGCUGUUUUCGAGCUCAUGGAGCUCAAAAACAUUAUUGUGAAUACAUUUCCGAGCUCUUCGAGCUCGAAAAUACUUUUGUAUGCCAUUGUUUUCAAAAAAACCAUUUUUAGCAUUUCUUUCUCCCACGAUAUUUCGCGAACGAAUUAACCGAUUUUGAUGGUUGAGGCAGGAAUCGACGCGUUUUACCAAGUACUAAAGCUGAUAAAAUUUUGAUAUUGAUUUAUCCAGCCGUUUUUGAGAAAUUUAAAAAAACCAAAAAAAAUUUUUUUUUUGAAUUCUUUCGUCAACGGUUUCUCUUGAACGAAUGAACCGAUUUUGAUGGUUGAGGUGGCAUUCGAUGCGGCUCAUAAAGUUUUA